UUUCUUCUUGAAAACUUGGACAUUAUAGAACCUGUUUUGGUUGAUAAUAGACUAACAAAUAAGUGUCUCAGUGAAGAAUUUAAUGACUUGUCUACCGUAUUUAUAGAUACUGCCCUAGCAUGGGAGCAAAGAAAACUUGCUCUUCUCAGGUUUAGAGGUAUUAUUAAGGGAUACGCCCAGCACAACAACCUUAUACCCGCUCUUAGCAAAAUAUGGGCCGAUUUUCUUAUUGUGGUCAGAGAUUUACGUUCUCAACUUAGUAGGGAGUCCUGUAUAGCUACGGCCCAUGUCGCCUUAAUUUUAGGGAGACGGUUUGAGCCUUUGUUACAAGCAACGGUCUACUGCUUGAUUCCUCUUCUUACAAGACAGAAAAUUUUUGUAUAUUCUGCUUUCAACGCUAUUAAGCAAAUUAUGAAGUUCUGCUCUCAUCACAAAAUAAUAAACAUACUUGAAGAGAAACUCACCUCCAAAGAUCUUUCCAUUUCCGUUUAUUGCUCGGAAUUACUCGCUGAAGCGUUACACACUUUUGAGCUUUCCAUUCUUUCUAAAUGCAUCGAAAGCAUCAAGAAUGCCCUCCAUCUAAGUAUAAAUCAUGCCAAGUCCGAGUGUCGUAGAUUGGGGAGGCAGAGCUUCUGGAUCUUAUAUACUAAAUUAGAAAGCGAAGCUUCGAGUUUUUUCGAUCAGCUUCCGGAACAUUCCGGCCGUCGAAAGGAGAUUCUGAAAGAAAAACCAGCUCACAUUCUUUGCACGAAAUUUUCUUCGGGAGAAAAAACUUCUGUUACCAGCGUGCGGAAGGGAAGACUAGCGUGGCCGCGUGCUGGGGAGCCAGUCGGUUUUGCUGACAGUCGAUUUAAAGAGAUCAUCUUUUUGGAGCCGUUGCCUCAAGAUUCUUUUUCUGACGGGCUUAAAGGAAACGUUAAAGAAGAGAAAAAGGAUAAUAUAAGAACCAAUCUUUUUAAUAAUCACGAAGAAACCCCAAUUGAUAAAUCUGAGAGACCCCGUGGUGAUCCGCAUCUUAAAGAUGAAAUUAAUAAAGAAAAAAAACAGAAAGAGGACGUCACUGAACUGGGAUCGCCUCAUAUUUGCAACGACAUUCACAUCGAUAGAAUUCUAAAAAGCCUUGAGCACGGGGAUUUUACAAUAAACGGCCGCGAACUCCUUGUGGCGACCACCGAGCCUCUCGAACAUCUUGACGAGGAUUUAACUGCUCUCAAUAUUUCCGAACUUUUGGAACGUCUUGAAACAUUAAAUCGAAAUUUUUCCUCUGAAACCUCCGUGACAAGUAGCGAAUUUGUAUAUUUAAGAGAUGUUGGAAUUCCGUUUUGCCGAAGGAGGAAAGAAAAUUUGAGUAGGGAAGGUUUUUUUAAACUGGUUAAUCUUAUUGUUUCGGCAGUUACCAGCCUUAAAAAAUUUAACUCGAAGUUUGAAUAUCGAAGAGAACUAAUCAAUAUCUUUGGAAAAAUGAUAACAGGCACUCGUUUCUGA